AUGGCAAGGAAUGUCGUUGAGAUAUCAGACGAUGAAGAAACGGACUCCCCUUCCGAGGAUGGGUUCGAGGGAUCGGCCAAACCGCCUCCUCCAAAAAGGAAAAUCGAACCCGAGGUAACGGAAAGGGUUCAGUGGACCGAGCCCGACUUGACGGAAAAGGUUCAGUGGACGGACGAGUCAGACAAUCUGCCCCCCAAGCCAAAGAAACGGAAGACAAAACGCAAAUCCAUCAGGAAAAAGAAGGAUGAAAAGGAUAGCCGGAGAAAUGGCCGUGCAGAGGAUGAUUCGGAGGACUUGGAUCUCCCCGACUACUUGAUUGAGCGGAGGAGAGAUUUUGACGCCAAGAGGAAAGUAUAUCAUGAAUCAGCACUGAUGCUGCCGCCUGAUUACACUGAUAUCGAAUUCGAUGAGUCAAAGAGGCUUAGUGAGCUGAAAGAGAGGCCAGAUUUUGAUCCAAGAAGUGGCAUCAAACCGUCUCGGCCGUACAGAGAUAUCGAGCUUCCUCAGUCAGGCGGUCUUAUCCCAGCAUCAAUUGCGCAAUAUCUGCGUGAUUAUCAGGUUGACGGCGUUCGGUUUUUGCAUAAGAAAUUUGUAUACCAAGAGGGAGGCAUACUGGGAGACGACAUGGGCCUCGGCAAGACAGUUCAAGUCGCCGCUUUCCUAACAACUGCUUUUGGGAAAACCGGUGAUGAACGAGAUGGAAAGCGUCUGAGGCAAAUGCGGCUAUUUGGCGACCGGUGGUAUCCCAAGAUACUCAUCGUCUGCCCCGGAUCUCUUAUUAUGAAUUGGAGAAACGAGCUGAAUCGAUGGGGGUGGUGGCAUGUGGACGUGUUCCACGGCGCAAACAAGGACGAUGUACUCGGCGCAGCUCGGGCAGGCAUGCUGGAAAUUAUGAUUACAACAUAUGAGACUUACAAAAACUCUCGCAGCUCCAUCAAUAUGGUGCAGUGGGAUGCCAUAAUCGCAGACGAAUGCCAUCGACUCAAAGACCGCUAUUCGGAGACUACUAAAGCAAUGCAAGAAGUCAAUGCGCUUUGUCGGAUUGGUUUGACGGGAACCGCUAUUCAAAACAAAUAUGAGGAGCUCUGGACAUUACUGGAUUGGACCAACCCGGGCCAUUUUGGCGCCAAGGCGGAAUGGUCAAAUGCCAUCACAAAACCUUUGACUGUCGGCCAGUCCCAUGAGGCAACAGUUGCGCAACUAAGCCUCGCAAGGCAGACGGCGAAGAAAUUGGUUCAAAACCUCCUCCCUCGAUACUUUUUGCGCCGCAUGAAGUCUCUGAUUGCAGAUCAGCUGCCGAAGAAGACUGAUCGAGUGGUCUUCUGUCCUCUUACAGAUUUACAGCUGGAAGCAUACGAAAACUUCCUUGGCAGUGCAGAAGUAGCUAUUAUACGGACUGCCUCAGAAGACUGCGACUGCGGGAGUGGAGGCAAGAAGGGCUGGUGCUGUAACGAAUUUCUCCCAAACGGCAGACGCUGGCAAAGCGCUGUCUUCCCCAGUAUCAUUGUUCUACAAAAGCUGGCCAACCAUCUCACUCUGCUGGUACCAUUGACGACUGAUUUGGACGAGAAACAUAAGUCAGAGCUGAGGACACUACAGACUUGCAUGCCUGACACAUGGAGUGUGCUCUAUGAGAAGCGAGAUCGGAUUAGUAAUCUGGUCAAUCCGGAGUUUUGCGGCAAGUGGAAAAUCCUCAAGAAACUGCUCAAGUUUUGGCAUGGAGGCGGAAACAAGGUUCUGGUAUUUUCUCAUAGCGUGCGAUUACUUCGCAUAUUGCAGCAUCUCUUCACCAACACGAGCUACACUGUGAGCUAUCUAGAUGGCUCCUUGAGCUACGAAGCGCGCCAAGAUGUGGUUGACACGUUUAAUUCGGAUCCCACUCAGUUUGUGUUUCUUAUAUCAACCAAGGCUGGUGGAGUCGGGCUAAACAUCACCUCAGCCAACAAGGUCGUCAUCAUUGAUCCUCACUGGAAUCCUGCAUAUGACCUACAGGCCCAGGAUCGAGCUUAUCGGAUAGGCCAGACACGAGAUGUUGAAGUUUUCAGACUCAUCUCUGUUGGAACGAUUGAAGAAAUUGUCUAUGCUCGCCAAAUCUAUAAGCAGCAGCAAGCAAAUAUUGGAUAUACCGCCUCGUCUGAGCGACGGUAUUUCCGCGGCGUUCAGCAAGAUACUGAACGAAAAGGCGAGAUUUUUGGACUCAAAAACAUCUUCACCCACCAUAGCGACAUGGGACUGCUCCGCGACAUUGUCAACAAGACGAAUAUUGCUGAAGCCAAAGCUGGGGUACAUUUGGCUGAUGUCAACAUAGAAGAGGCUGCGAAAGAUGGGGAAGACUUGGGUGUCGUCAAACGCGAAGAAGACGGCGAUUCCGAAGAUGGAGGCCUAAGUCAGCUGGCAGAAAUGUUGACCUCUAGUGACAAGCAAAAAGCAACUGGCUCUAAGAAAGUCAACCGCCCCAAAAGUGACGCUGUGCAGGCCAUCCUUGCGGCAGCUGGUGUAGAAUACACGCAUGACAAUUCUGAGGUGGUUGGAUCUUCCAAGGUAGAGGAGCAGCUUUCACGGCAGGCAGCUGAGAGAUUAUUUGAUGAGGGAGAUCUUGCUGGUCAAGCUACUUUAUUUGUCGAUAGCGAUCUGGAUGAAGGUGAUGGGAUGCACAGCAAGUUUAAACCGCCUGAAGACGUUUGCUUGCGGCAAUUUUGUGAGAUGGCUAGGGAGUUUGGCUUCGCCAAUGCUACGGAUUUUGCUCUUAUUGUGGAAAGUUGGACAACAGAAACGCGAAGGAACUGCUUGAAUUCGUUCUACAAGAGACGCGAGGCUAAGCUGGAAAAAGAGGGUAUCGUCAACCGCGAAGAGUCGCCGGCAGACAUGCGGGCAAAAGCCCUGAAGCUUGAGCACAAGCUAAAACAGGAUGCGACGAAGGAUAAUGAGGCAAGAAGCGGGGUAAAGCUCGAAGACCUGGAGCCUUGGCCUCAAAUCAAGCACGAAGUGGUAAAAAAAGAGGAAGAGGAGGGGGAAAUGACUGGAAAACUGCCGAGUGGCAUGAAAUACGAAAUCAAAAUGGAAACGAAGGCUGAAGAUAUCAAAGAGGAUAUCAAAGAGGAGAAGGCAGACGUAAAGAAACAUGAGUUUGCUGAUGAGGGGAAGCCGACACCGGGGGACGGAAAAUCCAACAGGACGUCGAUAUUUCUUUUGGACGAUGACGAUGACGACGAGCUUUGA